AUGGAGACGUUCGGCUUGAGGAGGACUCAGUCCCUGAAGAGUCUCUCUUCAGAGGGUCAGGAGAGGUCGUGGGUCACAUCGGCUUCCACCCGCUGGGACAGGAAGUCUGUGUCUCAGCUGGUGCAACAGUACCAAAAGGUGCGUGUUACGGAUGUUGAACAAGUGGAGCACAAGCUUCAGGAUUCAGAAAGAUCUGUGGAUGAUGGCUGGAGGAGGGUGGAGAGCAGGGAGAGCGUCUCUCUGUGGGGAUCAGGAAGGAGCUCUAACCUGUCGAGGAGUCGCUCCAUGGACCUCCUCCCUCAGAGAGAGUCUCGAGGCACUAAAGCUCUGUGCGCUCUGUUUGAGUCCAAGGCCUCCUUACAGCAGAGCUUCAGCAACUCAACACCUGUUCACAGCAGUAAGAUGGGGAGAGAGGGCCCCCUGCAGGACUGGAAAGGUCACAACACUCCUUUAAAGGACUCAACCUCUCAGGUGGACGGAGGAAAGGUCAUGAACGGGCUGCCUGAGUCUUACGGAGGAUCAUCCAGAUACUCACAUGAUGACAAAUACAGUCCAUCACUGACUAAGGGGGGCUCCCCAUCAAGACAAACUAAGGACAGGAUAUCUCCGUCGUCGUCAGUGAGAGACAGAUCAGCUCUCUAUCUGUCAAAAGCAGCAGCCACAGACUCCACAGGAGGCUCCACACAGGCAGUGAUUUCUGUUGUUUUACAGGAAUUCAUCAGCACUCCAGUCACAAGGACUAAAACAACAAAGAUGGCUGCAGCAGCCAGGAAAGUCACAGUCUCACCAUCAUCUCAUGAUGACGACGACCUGCCUCCUCCCCCACCUCCUCCAGUACCACCAAGACCCCUUGACUAUGAAGGGCCAUCAGAGUUUAGUAGCCUCCCCUUGCCUCCGCCCAAGGAAACGUUCUCCGGGUUCCAGCAGCAACGACAGAAAAGCGAGCUGAAGAGGCUUUUCAAGCACAUCCACCCAGACGUACGAGCAAAUCUGGAUGUUGCAGUGGAUGAUGAGAUAUUGAAAGCAGUGCAGUCAGAAAUCCCUCAGGCAGCAGAUUCAGGUUAUCAGGCGGAAGUCCAAUCAAUGAGGUGGAUCUUUGAGAACUGGACUCUGGACAAUAUUGGGGAUCCUCAUGAGACCAAGAAGCUGCUGCAUGAUGAGGAGUUAAAAGGUGGAAAUGUCAGAGGCACCUCUUCUAUGUUUGAGCACUUUGACAGCACCCAACAAAUGUCUGCUAAAAGACAGACUUCAGUCAGUGGAGAUGUGAGAACAUCAAUGUGGUUGUUUGAGACUCAGCCCUUGGAUUCCCUGAACAAAUCUAAAGGAGAAGAAGGGGACGUGGUUGAAGCAGUGCUGAAGGAACCUAUCCAGAUAGGAGAUGUACGAGGGACUCGUCUGCUUUUUGAGUCUAAGCCGCUGAGUGACUUAGGACGCUGCAACUCCAUUGAAGACCACAGCUUCCUCAAACUGAAAUCUGAGCUUCAGGAGCAGAAAGGAGACAUCCAGAAGACUUUGAAACUCUUCCAGGCAGAACCCUGCUGUGCCAUCAGAGACAACAGAGGAAACAUCCAUGAGAUUAAAUCCAUCUGCAGGGAGGAGAUCAACAGCAGUAACAUCAGCACUGCCCGUUGGCUUUUUGAAACACAACCUUUGGACCUGAUAAAUAAAGGAACUGAUGGGGUGAAAAUAAUUCGAGGUAUCUCUCUUGAAGAGGGCCAAAGAGGUGGAGUUGACCAGAAGAGGUGGAUGUUUGAAACUCAGUCAUUCGACACGAUACAUGAGGUUUCUGAAGAGGCAACAUUUGAAGGAACACUGGCUGAAUGUGCAGAAGAGGCGGAUGUUGUCAACAAGAGGAAGCUCUUUGAAAUGCAGCCACUGGCAGCACUGAAAGGAGACUCUGAAGAAAAGUCUUUGGAAAAAGAAGAAGUCAUUGGGGGAAAUGUAAAGACCUCUCUCUGGCUGUUUGAAACUCAACCCAUGGAGACCCUUAGUGAUAGCUACGAAGUUGGGCGUUUAAAGAAAGUCGCCCUCUCAGCUGAGGAACAAGGAGAAGUUAAAGGCAAAAAACAAAUGUUUGAGAGCGGUAUUCAAAUGCACACCUCAAUCAAGGAACAAGAGAUCGAAAAGGGCGAUGUCAAGGGUUUCAAACAUCUUUUUGAAACAAUUCCCCUGAGCAAAAUUACUCACUCUGAUGAGGAAUCAAUAGAGAAGGAAAAAGUGAUUGAAGCAGGAAAUGUAAAAGGCAACAAAGCAACAUUUGAGACAACUCCUUUAUAUGCAAUAAAGGACAGCUCCGGUAACCUUCAUAAGGUCACGACAGUCAGCCGAGAAGAACUGAUCAAAGGGAAGGUCCAAAACUAUAAGUGGAUGUUUGAGACCAAGCCUUUGGACAAGCUUGCCGAUGGAAAGGAAAAUGUUGAGGUAAUCAAAGGCAUCACCAGACACGAGGAUACAAUGGGCGACGUCAAGAUGGCAAAGUGGCUUUUUGAGACCCAGACGAUAGAUGGGAUCCAUUCCAAGUUCAACCAGACAGAGCAGAACGUUUCUACCGAGGAGGAAACUCCAAAAGGUGAUGUCAAGAGCUGUAAAUGGUUAUUCGAGACACAGCCGAUGGACAUUUUGUACGAGAAAUCAGAAAAACAACAUGAUAAAGAAGCUGUUGAAAACGCCAACGUGAAGUCCAUGACUUGGCUCUUUGAGUCACAGCCUCUGGACAGCAUCAAAGAUGGCGAAGAAUACAAUCUGAAGCUUUGCAGCACCAUAAAGGAUUCUGUCAAAUCAGGAACUGGUGUUCAAACAGUGACACAUCUUUUUGAGACAGAAACCUUGGAUAGAAUAAGACAGGGAACAAAUCUUGAACAAGGUAUGAGACAAGUCAGCCAGGUCAACUUUCAGUCUGGAGAUGUCUCAAGAGUUAAGGAACUCUUUGAAUCCCAGUCCCUUGAUGAAAUUGGAUUAGAAAUGGGGACAACAUCUGAUCAAAAGAGCGAAGGUGAACAGAUUGAAAAAGGCUCUGUACAUACAUUUACCUGGAUGUUUGAGAACUGCCCUAUGGGCCUGAUCAACAAGGGCAAAGAAGGUGAAAGCAUUCAGACAGUCAGCGGUGCAGUGAGCGGAGAUGUCCAAAACAAAAAGUUCAUAUUUGAAACUUCUUCAUUGGACAAAAUCCAAGACCAACCCCUUGAACAGAAGUCAGACUCUGUGGAAGAGCCCGUGAGCAACGUUGAUGUAAAGUCAAGCACCAUGAUGUUUGAGUCUCAGCCACUGUACGCCAUCCGAGACAAGGAGGGACAAUUUCAUGAAGUUACAACUGUGCAAAAAGAGGAGGUGAUGAGUGGUGACGUGAGAGGAGCGAGGUGGAUGUUUGAGACUAAACCCCUCGAUGCUAUCAAAGCAGAAAAUGAAGUUUAUGUGAUCCGUGCCGUCACCCAAGAAGAUGUCAAGAAAGGAGAUGUCAAAUCAGCCAGAUGGAAGUUUGAGACCCAACCUUUGGACUCCCUGACCGAUGGAGACAAGCCCUCAGUCAGAGUCAUUGAAGACUUAGGGAGCAGUAAUGUGCAGCAAAAUAAACAGAUAUUUGAAUCCGAUGAGUCAAACAAGAAGUUUGUGCGGAUGGUAAGUGUCACUGAUGUCCAGCAAGGGGAUGUCCGGACCUCCACCUGGCUCUUUGAGAAUCAAACUAUUGACAGUCUGAAAGGUGAACCUCAGGAGGAAGGUCCAGUAAAAACAGUCCACAGAGAGGACAGCCAGAAAGGAGAUGUGAAACGCUGCACUUGGCUGUUUGAAUCACAGCCACUGGACAAGAUCAAGGAGUCUGAGGGUGUCACAGCGCAAGGUAGUGAAGAGCAGAUACCCAAAGCUGAUGUGAAGUGCACCACCUGGCUCUUUGAGACCACUCCCCUGGACAAAAUCACAGCCAGCACUAUUACUGACAGUCUGUCCUAUUUGCACCAAAUGAGUUAUGUUCACUCAAGCGGCAUCAUUAUAGAAGCUAACGAGAGCAAGACAGUUAACAUGGCAAAGUAUGUGCUUGAAAGUAAUACAGGUGUGCAAGUCCAAAAAGAAGACGUUGUUGGAGGUAACAUCAGGAACAUCAUGUUACAACUAAUACUCAAACCAACCCUUAAGCCCCAAAUUCGUCUGCUCAGAGAAAUGGAGGGCAAAGUCAAAACCACUGUUGUAGAACUUCCAGCCCACGAGUCGGCCACAACUACCACCCUGGAGAGGGAUCAAAGAGUACAAAACAUCGUCCAGUUGAUUGAAUCAAUGCUUGUUGAAGAGAAAGGUUUGAAAAAAGGAAUCAUCAUGCAAGAGGCUACAGAGGGACACGCCGAGAUGUCAGUUUAUUCACUCGUCUGCAGUUCUGAAACCAAAACUGACAGCCAUGUUGUAGAGAGGGGAGAUGUUAAAUCUACAAUUGGAAGUCUUUUAGCUACCGCCAAUAGUCAAAGGACUGCAGCGUCAUGUAGAGUGGACAAAAAUGAAAAGGGAAAUGUGAAUUUGUACAAAAGUUGCAUUGAAAAGGGAGAUCUGCACUACCUGAAAAGUCUUCAAGCUGAGGCAUCAGGAGAUGAAGCUGAUCACAGCCUCCUCUCUGAGGAGCACAGUGAAAUAAUUCAGGGGGAUGUGAAAGAAGCAAAGAGAAGUCUCUGCCAGCAAAAAGACCAAGUGGAGAGAACCAUUUCUGAUGUUUUGCCAGGGGAUGUAAAGAAUACUAAGAAGGUUUUUGCAUCAGAGUGCUCAUUCAAUGUUGAAAGCUGUGUCCCAAGGGAAGAAAUAGUACCUGGGGACAUCUCAUCAGCAAAGCAGCAACUUUCAGAAAAGCAACCUGUCAAUGUAGAAAAAGAGGGCAUCGUGGCUGGGGACAUAAAGGCGACACUGCAAUCAUUGGAACGUGCUAAGCAACAGAGCAUGUGUGUGGAGCGGGAGGUCAUUACACCUGGAACUAUCUAUGACAUGGACUUGUCAGUUGAAGUUCCUGAAGAAGAAAGCAGCAUUGCACAAAAAGAAGUCAUUAUAUCUGGAGAUGUGAAAGCCGCCAAAAAGUCCCUGGAAAUGGCCAAGCAGCAAAGCAUGCAUGUGGAACGUGAAGUUGUUGUUCCAGGAAAAAUAUACAACCUGAGUGUCACAACACAAGAGCAAAGCAGCUCCUCAAUGAGUCAAUCUACAUGUUCGUCUUCCUCCAGAAGCCAGCAAACCAAGACAAGCAAAUCAAAGUAACCUGUGAAGGACAACCAACCAUAACAACUCAGAAUUCAACACCCAGCCCUGUAGCAAAUGGAUACUCUAAUUCAUCCAGCCCUGAGAGCGUGUUUCCUCCUCCGAUCCCUCAAAAGACAAGUGAGAAAGUUCAAGUGCAGAGGCCGGCUUUGCCACCAAAGCCACAAUGGACAAAAUACGUCACUGUGGAAGAACAGAACAUUUCAUCAAGUGCCGCUCCUGAAGCCUCUUUGAACGUUUCAGAUCAUCCAACAGAACAAGGCAAAUUCCCUCCAACAGUUACUUCAGAUAAACUACAAGAAACCGUGAGACAAGACAACAUCAGCACACAGACCUUACAUAAAACCUGCCAACAUCAACACCGUGUUGAUGAGGUGAUGCAAAACUCAAAUACAAAAAUUGAUCAUCUCCCAAUGGACACCAAGAAAACAAUACCAUUAACAGGAAGCAGUUCAAACCAGGGGAUCAUGUUAAGCUCUAAUGAAGUAGAAAUGGAGAGAAAUGUAAUACAGAAAAUUAAUGCAGCUGAGGAGAUACAAAUGUGUAUGAAGAGUUACGCAGCAGAAGAUAAACAUGACAUGAACAUGAGCUUACAGGCAGCUCUGAAGACCUUUGAGAGAAAGGAAAGUAAGACUCCAGAUAGAAGAACCCCUUCAUUGUCCAAAAAAGUGAAAGUAAUCCAUGAUAAUU